UAGAAACUUGCACAGAAAUUGUUCGCAGGGCGUGGUGAUGUGAUCCGGGACUGGGACGCGCGGGUUGCCAUCAAGGCCUCUUCGCCGGGUCGCCCUGAGCCAACUCGUAUAAAACGCCCCUCUCAUCGGUUUCUGGGAGCACUGUUGCGCUUCUCGCUGCCUAAGGAUCCAUUAUUCCCUCAACAUGCCCGUCGCAGUCAUUAUUCUGUUGGGUAUCGUCGUGGGUGUCUCCAGUCAAGAGUCUUAUUACCAAUCGCCGCAUCGUGCGGCGAUUUUAAGCGACGCGCGUUACCUCGCGGGUGAUGGCACAUUCGGUGCCGCCUACUCCCAAGAAGACGGAGUGGAAUUUAAGGAGGAGAGCGACGUAGAGGGCAAUCGACGUGGAUCAUACUCGUACAUCGAUCCAACCGGACAAAGGCGCACGGUGACUUACACGGCGGGGAAGAACGGCUUCCAAGCGACCGGGGACCACAUUCCCAGCGCACCCCCGCCGGUGCCACCGCAGCCGGAGUAUGUACCGCUGGCGCAAUAUAAUCCGCCGGAUUACCAACCCCCGAGUUACGCACCGCCAACCCCUCAGCAAUACCCACGGCGCUAUCAACCGGAUUACGAACCGCAACCUGUCGUUUAUCAACCGCAGCCUCCGCCGCAGCCUCGGCCGCAGUACCAGUACCAGGAUCGGCCGCAGCCUCGGCCGCAGUACCAGUACCAGGAUCGGCCGCAGCCACCGCCGUCGCCGCCCCGCUAUCAUUAUCCCACGGAGCUACAAAGUAUACCCUCGUACGCGCCGCCGAGGCCGCGCUAUCAGCCCCAAUUCCGCCCCGCGCCGCCGCAGCACAACGCGAUAACGGAACCGGCGGCGCCCCGGAAUUUUUAUCCGCCGGGGAAGCUCAGCUUCAAUCGGACCCCCGACGGCUUCUCCUACUCGUUCAGCAAGAGUUGAGUGGCACGCGAGUUCACGGUGUGACGUGUCCGCGGUGAGAUUAACAAAGGUUUUGAUUUAACAAAGAGCGUAAUUUCGAGUCUUCAGAGAACACGAUCCGCAGUUAAUCGAAAUAGCCAAGUAACAGAAAGUAAAAACGUGGCUCGGUGUCGAAAAAAUUAAUAACCGAAAGAAUCCUGCGCGAAAAUCCGCCAUUUUCUCCAAAAUCAUAGCCGUACAAUUUAUUUUUGUUUUAAAUUUAUUUUACGCUUAAUGCGCUUGGAUUGUUAUACUAAUUAUUAUUGCAUCUUUUAAUAUUAAUAUCAUUCGCCGUGUCAACGCAUUGUUAGUAAAGUAAAAUUAAAAU